AUGCUAACCCCACGUCCGCAGUCCUCGCCCCCCACACAACGCGCGAUACCCAACUCCGGGCCGCGCGAUCCUCUGCCUUUACGGCGAAUACCGCGCCCCAUAAUCGGGGAUCAUCGUCGGAUGGGCUUGGGUGUUGGUGGCGCCACCAUCGUGGCAGCUGUCCCUUCGCAGCUCCGAGUCCCUGCCUCGCGUUUUCGCAGUUCAAGUCGGAUGACCUGCCACCCUGGCUUCCCCAUUCCCGUUCCUGAGCUUGAUUUUCCUCGGCGCAACCGCAAGCUCCUCGGCUGGCAAAACCUAGGUCCAAUCCCGUGUCGAACCGAGAGUCACGAAAACGCUUCGCUCUCGCUCGCCGCUGUCGUUACCCUCGCCGUCGAUAUACAUAGCCGCGCGCCAUCCGCCCUCGGUCCUUCGUCCAAUCGACGCGCCCGUCCGGAUAAAACGCGCGGGCGCGAGAUACACGCUCGACCACGAGACCGAGGGUCCGACAGAUCUUCGAGGGCGCGAACCACGCCAUGUUCCCCAACCGCGCCCUCGGCAACUUCCCUCCCGACCUUCCUUUCCUUGACCCUGAAGCCUAUCACGGGCGCGCAGGGCCUCGGCCGGUGUUUCUGGCAGCCCAACCCCAACCCCAACCCACCCCCUCCGCACCCGCGCAUGUCACGCCCGGAGCUUGCGGCGCCGAAGGCUAUCGCAUUCUCUGAUCCUGGCGAGACCGCGCGGAUUUUUCGUUGUGUGAUGCAAGGGUUACUAAGUGUUGUACCCGCCCGUUCCGGCCAGUGCUUGCCUGUUGGGUCUAGGGCAGGACCCCCAAGAGCGCGCUCCCCCUCCUUCUCAGUACCGGCACCUCAGCCUCGCUUUUCUGGUGGCCGCGGUGCGUUUCUGGCCCCGGUCACCUAUCUCGUACCCGCAUCACAGCCCGUCGCUCUCAUGUAA